CCAUUCCAUUAAAACUCUUUGCUCUUCACACUCACUCACACCCACCUUCUUCCCUCACAGAACAAGCCACAAAUGAGAGAGCAGAGGAUGCCCUGUACUCUGCCACUGUUACUACUGCGCUUCUCUCUCUAAUGGGGACUCGAAUCCCUUCGCAUAAGCUUAGCGGUGGGCUCUAUGUCUCGGGUCCACCUGAGCAGCUCAAGGAGCGACAGCCUACAAUGGCGUCACGCGCCGUCCCCUAUACUGGCGGCGAUAUCAAGAAAUCCGGUGAGCUCGGAAAAAUGUUCGAUAUUCAACUCGCUGAUCCAUCUUUGAAUGCUUCAUCUUCGUCUAAAUCUUUGCACGGUAGUGGAGCAGUGCGCUCCGGCGGUGACUCGGGUGCUCCAGGGAGGCGCCGUGGGUCGGGCCCGAUGCAGAAGAAGCAAUCGUCGGGCCCGUUGUCCCUGCAACCUACGGGGCUCAUCACAUCGGGUCCAAUAGGAUCCGGCCCGAUUGGACCGUCGGGCGGUGUUGGGAGGAGGUCGGGUCCUAUCCCGCAAGCUGGUUCGAUCGGGAAGACGGUGUACGGUUCAGCCGUUACGAGUUUGAAAGACGACGAAGUGAAGGUUGGCUUUAGAGUGUCGAAGGCGGUGGUGUGGGUGUCGUUAGUGCUUGUAGCAAUGAGCGUGCUUGUUGGGGUGUUUCUGACGGCCGCAAUGAAGAAACCGGUGGUUCUGGUGGCUUUAGCGGCAAUAAUUGUGCUUGUAGUGCUUUUGAUUAUAUGGAAUCUCACUUGGAAAAGAAGAGGGCUAUUAGGGUUUGUGAAGAAUUACCCAGAUGCUGAGCUCCGAGGCGCCAUUGAUGGGCAGUAUGUCAAGGUUACCGGGAUUGUGACCUGUGGCAUUAUUCCUUUGGAAUCUUCAUACCAGAGAGUACCUAGAUGUGUAUAUGUUUCCACAGAAUUGUAUGAAUAUAAAGGAUGGGGUGGUAAAUCAGCAAAUGCUAACCACCGAUGCUUCUCUUGGGGUUCUAGAUAUUCUGAGAAAUAUGUAGCGGACUUUUACAUAUCAGAUUUCCAAUCUGGGCUACGAGCUUUAGUGAAAGCAGGCAAUGGUGUUAAGGUUGCUCCGUUUGUGAAACCUGCUGCUGUAGUCGACAUAAACAAGGAAAACAGAGAGUUAUCUCAAAAUUUCUUAGGCUGGCUAGCAGACCGUAAACUCUCUAGUGAUGACCGUAUAAUGCGCCUCAAGGAAGGGUACAUCAAAGAAGGGAGCACGGUAAGCGUGAUGGGAGUGGUUCGCCGGCAUGAUAAUAUGCUCAUGAUUGUUCCCUCUACGAGCCCUGUACCUAUAGCUUGUCAAUGGAAGCGAUGCCUUCUUCCAAUGCAUGUGGAAGGCCUUAUCUUGUUAUGUGAGGAUAAUCAGGAUGCCGAUGUCAUUCCUGUGUAGUACGCCUCUUCCAAGCGUUUUGUUUUUCAUGGGAAAUCAGGCUUCGGAAUCUGGAAAGUUUAUCUGAUUGGAAGAUGCAAAGCAGAAUAUGAUGAUAAUGAGGACAUGAUCAUGUCCAUGGUUAAUAUGAUGUCCAGAUAUUUCUGGAGAUACAUCGAAGUUGACUGUGAUGGAAGCUUGAAAAUGUCUGUUGCCACGAAUUUUCGUCUCUUAUGAUUUUAUAAUGUAAAUAGGCAAAUAUAUGUUUAUAUAUAUAUAUAUAUAUAUAUUCUUUCGUUUCAGUUGAUUCUAGAAGCAACCGAGUUUUGUCGUUUAAUAUAAAAAUUUCUGACGAUGUAUGGCGAAUAUAUAUUGAGUACGGUGCUAUUUGAUAUGA